UCCUUUCUUCCUACUAACAGUGUCUGUCCUUCCUUCACAAUUCAGCUUAUUGCAGCCAAACGCUGACAGAGGGGCAGAAGAUGAUGAUAACCCCCAGAGCUGAAUAAGGCAGGAAAGGAAAGGAGAGAAAGCUUUCACUGCUACCAGGGUAACAACAAGCACCCAGGAAACCACACUGAAGACCUUCAGGAUGUGAGUCAGUAGAAAAUGAGGCUUCGUUGCUUCUGCAGUGCAGACUUGGGCCUUCUCAGAGCCCAUCAGUGUUGAGCAGAACCUUUUACACCCACAUCAGGUGCCGGCAUGGAGCUCCUGUCUCGUGCUGAGGCUGCUGGCUCCCAAGGGUGCAGCAGACUGGCUGUUCCUUGAGUGAGCAGCAGGAAAGCUGCAUUCCUCAUGCAUUUACUAAUGCCGGCUGGACAUGAGCUUGUCAGCUCCAGGGUGGGGCUUGGACCUUGUGCUAUUAAUCUACACGCUUCAGACAUUGGCUCCAGAAAGAACCAUUAAGAGUAGGUUGGGAAAUUGUGCUGCACCCCCCUUUGCCAGCAGCCAUGCCUGAUGUUGCCAGAUGCACUGGCUGUUGCUCACAUCUCUCCAUGAGCCACGUGCCCUGGUUGUGACUCUUCCAGACCUGUUUUCCCCGAAAGCAUUGUGUGUCCCAAUUUUAUUUUAAUCCUCAUUGCUCCAGUAUGGUUUAGUGAGGAUGCUGUAGUGCCAGGUGCUGCUUAAGGCCCUUCAUUUCUGCAUCACUUUGGAAAUACCGGUAGGUUCUCUGAGCUCAUCACUGCCUUGUUCCUCAUCUGCCAGGCUGGGGUUGGGUCCUGGUAUUGUUCCUUUCCAGUUAUUUCUCCAGGUCUCCAGAGGUGCAGCAGAGCUAUUGGAGUGUCUUGUGAAGGAGAUGGGUUUGCCUUGACCCAGACUCCAGGCCUGGUGUUGACCUUAGCCUCAGACCCUGCUUGCAGAAGUUACUGGGCUACUGAAAGCAUCGUAGACUCUGGACCUAAUAAAGGAGAAGUUAAUGCGUGGAGCACUGGAGCUGAGCUGGUCCCUGACUGAUGAAGAAAAGAGGAUCAUCUUGGAUGAGCACAAUAAAUAUCGCUCUCAGGUCUCUCCUCCUGCUAUGGAUAUGCUGAAGAUGAGCUGGGACAUGGAGCUAGAGGCCUUUGCCCAAGCCUAUGCAGAGAAGUGCAUCUGGGACCACAACAAGGAGAGGGGCCGACGGGGGGAAAACCUCUUCGCGAUGGCUCCAACACUGGAUCUGGAAUUCGCUGUGGAGGACUGGAAUGCAGAGGAGAAAUUCUACAACCUGACGACUUCCACGUGUGUCUCUGGACAGAUGUGUGGCCACUACACCCAGGUGGUCUGGGCAAGCACGCACCGCAUUGGCUGUGGGUCAAAGUUUUGUGAGAAGAUUGAAGGAAUUGAAACAGAGGACAUGUACCUGCUGGUCUGCAACUAUUAUCCCCCGGGUAACAUGAAAGGCCGAAAGCCAUACAGGGAAGGACCCUCUUGUUCACAGUGUCCUGAGGAUAGAGUUUGUGUCAACUCCUUGUGUGAACCCACUAUAGAAGAGACCACUCCACCCUCUGUGACAACAAAGGCCAGCCCAUCCACCCCAGUCACACCAGAACGCACUACACCAGCCCCCACCACAGUCACAGCCAAGCCAGAACCCACAGCCAUGCCCUCAGCCACCACACCAGUAGCCACCACAGCCAAGGCAAAGCCAAAACCUGCUACAACCAAGCCAUCAUACACCACACCAGCACUCACUGCUGCUACAUCUAAGCCAAUACCCACCAUGCUAACAACAACCACUGCAGCCAAGCCAGCACCCACCACACCAAAACCAACAACCACCACUACAGCCAAGCCAGCACCCACCACACCAGAACCCACCACCACCACGCCAGAACCCACAACAACCACCAGUACAGCCAAACCAACACCAAAAUCCACAACCACCACUAUAGCCAAGCCAACACCAACCACACCAGAACCCACAACAACCACUACAACCAAGCCAGCACCCACUACGCCAAAACCCACAGCCACCACUACAGCCAAGCCACAGCCUACUACACCAAAAUCCACAACCACCACUAUAGCCAAGCCAGCACCCACCACACCAGAACCCACCAGCACCACGCCAAAACCCACAACAACCACUACAGCCAAGCCAACUCCAACGACACCAAAACUCACCACCACAUCCAAGCCAACACCAACCACACCAGAACCCACCACCACCACUACAUCCAAGCCAAUACCAACUACACUGAAACCCACCACCACUACAGCCAAGCCAACACCAACCACACCAAAACCCGUCAACACCACUACAGCCAAGCCAACACCAGCCACUCCAGAACCCACCACCACCACAUCCAAGCCAACACCAACCACACCAAAACUCACCACCACCACAUCCAAGCCAACACCAACCACACCAGAACCCACCACCACUACAUCCAAGCCAAUACCAACCACACCAAAACCCACCACCACUACUACAGCCAAGCCAACACCAACCACACCGAAACCCACCACCACCACUACAUCCAAGCCAAUACCAACCACACCAAAACCCACCACCACCACUACAUCCAAGCCAAUACCAACUACACUGAAACCCACCACCACUACAGCCAAGCCAAAACCUGCUACAACCAAGCCAACAUCCACCACACCAACAUUUACCACCACUACAGCCAAGCCAACAUCCACUGCUAUAACAUCAGCAAAGCCAGAAUCCACCAUCACAACAAAGACAGAACACACUGAAAGUCCUGAUUAUAUUGUGACGACUGGGUUAACACCUUCCUUUGAGCCCACAUUAGACCCAGAUUAUAGAGUAUUUUCAGAAGCAGAGUUAGAUACUGAGGAGCCUCCUUCCUCCUCAACUACAGAGAAUCCAGACUUAUUAGAAAGUAUGGGCACAGCCAUCAGUCCCAAAACAAAUAACGGUGUGAAAGAGGAUGAGAGAGAGAAAUCAGCCUUCUUUUCCAGUCCAACUCCAUCCUCCAGCCAGAUUAUUCCAGAGAUCAAGUUAGGUUUCAAUAAAGCUGAGCUCAUAACCUCCUCAAAGUCAGUGGUCUCCAGCCCUGAAGAACCCAUCUUCAUGCGUUUAACAUCAUCUUCCAAAGAAAAGGGGCAGAGCCCUGCUUUCCAGACCUCCCUCUCAGCAGAUGCCCUGAGCACUGAAGAACUGGAGACAAACUCAGACUAUGAAGGCAAGGAGGAGAUCAUGGCUGGAGCUCCCAGUACCUGCUGGAGCCUUUCACUCUUCCUCCUGCCCAGUGUCAUCCUGGUGGGCAUUCUGCUUUGAACAGUCUUUCUCAGCUGUCCCUGCACUGGUCACCAAGGCUUUCUUCAGCAUUGGUUGGUCCUACCACCCUGGUAGGUUUGGGAGACAACAUGGACAGUUCAGGUUGAUGCACUCUCUUCUUCCUCUGGCUCACCCACUCCAGCCCUGCUGUGCCAAGAGCAUCAUGUGGGCACUCAGUGAUGGUCCAGGGACAGGAGGGUGUCUGCCACCAUGCUAGUGAACUUGGGCACCAAUGCUUCUCCUUUCAGCCAGCCUGGGCUUCUGCUCUGUUUCCAAUAGGAGACAAUAAGCUCUCGUUGCCUGUGUGGCCGGCAGGUCCGGCUGCACUGCAGCCCAGGGAAAGCAGAUUGCCCUGGAAACCCAAAUGGCAAUGGGACAUGGUGGUUGGUUUUGAUAUUUGGAGGCAAGACACAAUUGUUGAGUCUGAUGUCUGAAUGUCAGGAUGGAUUUCUAACAGAAACUCUGACUUUCCCUCCUCGUGUGUCCGUUUGUCUCAAUUUUGGAGAACUUUCACCUCUUCCUUGUCCAUAAGUGGCACUUUUGUCCACAGAAGAGGUUUGUGUUUCCUGCUUCUUGUAGAGCUAUGGCCAAGUGUCCAUGUGUGCUCCUUUCUCCUUCUGCCAUCCCUCUGCAGUCUUUGCCUCCAGUUACUCUGCUGGCCUUUAUUGUACGCGUGUGCCUGCACGUGUGUGCCCGCACAGAAGACAAACCUUCAGCACCAGAGAGCACUUACUGCUCCUUUCUUCUGCAUUGCUUCCCUCUUUGCAGAACUUAAGUGUAUUUGCAGUUAGAUGCAGAUCCUGCUUGAUGUACAUACGUGGGUCCAGGAGGAAAAAUAAUCAGGUCUGCUGGUGCAAUUUCAGCUUGAGAGAGCCAAGUGAAUGAUGUUAAGAGGUUACCGGUGGUUCCAGGACUUGUUGUAGGAUGGCUUUCAUUCUCUGGAGCCCUGGGUGUUGUAUUCCUCCACGUUUCUGCUCUGUUCACCUGAAGAUUCCCAGUAGGGUGUGUUAAAUAUGACACGAGUUUUGCAGACCAGCAGAAGGGAUGAGAAGAACCCGAUUCUCUGGUUGCUGCAUCCUUUGGUUUCUUAAAUAUGAGGUAGAGAACAACCUUAAGUCCAAUAUCUGAGUCCUCCCCCUGAUGCUGCGUGCUGUGCAUCUCCAGAGCAUGCACUGAAUAAAUCCUGUUCUGAAAGUC